CAUUGACAGAAAUAGGCAUCCUCUUCUUUGUUAACAGGUCAAAUUACCCAAUCGCCGUGGCCAUAUUCUCUUUCCCCAAUUCGUUAGGAGCCCAUAAACCAGCUCCUACGUGAGGAUGAUUUCAAGAAAAGUAGCUGUGAUCGGUGCAGGUGCUGCUGGCUUGGUUGCAUCUCGAGAAUUGCUCAGAGAGGGUCAUGAGGUGGUAGUAUUUGAACGGAGUGAUCGACUUGGAGGAACAUGGGUAUACGAUCCAAACGUCGAUUCUGAUCCGUUGGGGUUGGACCCAUCUCGAACCAUCAUCCACAGCAGUCUCUAUGAUUCUCUAAGGACUAAUCUCCCUAGAGAAACCAUGGGUUUUAGAGAUUACCCUUUUGUUGCAAAAGUGAACGAUGGUAGAGACCCAAGAAGGUUUCCUCAUCACAGUGAGGUCUUACAUUAUUUAGAAGACUUUGCAAAUCAUUUUGAACUCAUUGAGCUGAUCCGGUUUGAAACUGAGGUAAUUUAUGCUGGUUUAUUGGAGGAAGAACGGGAGUUGAAGAAUAGUUGGGUCGUCAAGUCAAGGAAGAAAGGUGAAGUUGGUAAUUCGUCUGUUGCCCAUGAAGUGUUUGAUGCUGUGGUUGUGUGUAGUGGGCACUAUACACAUCCAAAUAUUGCAGAAAUUCCAGGUAUAGAAGCAUGGCCGGGGAAGCAACUUCACAGCCACAAUUACUGUGUUCCUGAGCCCUUCAGUGGUCAAGUUGUGCUUAUAAUAGGAAACUCUGUUAGUGCUGAGGACAUAUCUAAGGAGAUUUCUAUAGUUGCAAAAGAAGUUCACGUUGCGUCAAGAUCUACCAUGGACGCGCUACUUACCAAAAGAUUUGUUUAUGACAACAUGUGGCUUCAUUCAAUGGUUAAGAGUGCACAUGAAGAUGGAACUAUAGUUUUCUCAGACGGAAGCUUGAUUCCUGUUGAUGUUAUUGUACACUGUACGGGGUACAAGUACUAUUUCCCUUUUCUAGAGAUCAAUAAUAUUGUGACCGUCGAUGACAGUUCUGUAGGGCCUCUAUACAAGCACAUUUUUCCGCCGAUGUUGGCUCCUAUGCUUUCUUUUAUUGGGAUACCUUUUUGGGCUCUACCUUUCCCCAUAUUUGAAUUGCAAAGCAAGUGGGUGGCUGGUGUUUUAUCUGGCCGGUGUUCACUCCCAUCUGAACAACAGAUGAUCAAGGAUGUCAAGGCCUUCUAUUUGGAACUUGAAGCAGCAGCAUUCCCAAAAUGUUACACUCAUCGGUUAGCAGAAAAGCAGUAUGAUUAUAGUGAUUGGCUUGCUGCUGAGAGUGGGUGUCAGCCAUGGGAGGAGUGGAGAAAGCAGAUGCUUAAGGAACAUGUGAGCAACUACUUAACACGACCAGAAACUUAUCGUGAUGAAUGGGAAGAUGAAUAUUCGAUCUUGCAAGCUCAAGAAGAUUUUUGCCAGUAUUCACCAAGGAAGUUCUGUGGGCAUGGCAAAGAGGCGUAGUUUCCAAGUGAAUAUUGGUACAUAUGUCAACUGAACCAAAGAGCGUACAACAACGUUGAUACUACUAAGAAAUGAUUUUCAGAUGUUUCUAUUUUUGAAGAGCGAGGUUCUUCAUUCAACCACUCAGUAAAAAGAGGAUUCUCAAUGUGAUAAUUUGAUUUAGUUGUAAACUGUGACGGUGCUUCUUGAAAACCAUCAAGAAAUGGCAUAAUUUUUAACUUUCUGAUGAUUGGCGUUUACAAAUGCUUUCCAGGUGAUUUUAUUAUCAUCUCUGAGCUCAAGUUGAAUUGAA